UCGAGUUCUAUGAUGCUUUUUGUCCAAAAUUGACGUAAACCAGCUUCAGCUCGCUUCGAAACCGUUCUUGAAUAAAGUGGAUUAGUAAAGAUUUUUUUAUAUGAGUGACCUAUCUGAUAUUGGCAAUUUGUUGCUCAUAUUUCGAGCCAAGUAUAGCGUGUCGUGAGUUUGUCUGUGAGACGGGGAACUCAGUCAAUCUGUAUGCAACUGUUACGCGUUGCCUCGACUAUGUCUUACCAAGGUUCACCAUAUUCGGGCCCAGGAGAGGAGUACGACUUUGAAGACGACGGGUACGAUGAUCUGGACGAGUACAGGGAACAGGAAUCGUACCUUUCGUUACCGCCGCCGCCAGUAGACGACAGUGACGAAGAUACUGAAGAAGCCAGUGAAACAGAUGUUCCCAAAAAUGAUGAGCCACUUGAGGUCAAGGAACAGAUGUUCCAAGACAAGCUGGCCAACCUGAAGAAGCAACUGCAGCAGUUAGAAGACGGCAUCCACGUGGAGUUCCUGCGGAGGGUGAAGAGGCUGGAACACCAGCUCCAUGAGAGGCUAAGGCUCAACAGAAUAUACAAAGACCACAUGUAUGAUGUGGUUGAGAGAGAAUACAUAGCAGAGAAGAAGGCAGCAGCAAAGGAGUUUGAAGAGAAGAAGAUAGAGUUAAGAGAAAACCUCCUCAAUGACUUUGAGGACAAGAGGAAGAUGAUUGAGAAUGAAAGACACAGCAUGGAACUCAAUGGGGAUUCUAUGGAGGUAAAGCCAGUAAUGAAGCGUAUCCUCCGACGGCGGGCGAACGAGCCGGCGCCGGCGCCCGAGAAGCGACGGAAGCCUCUCGCCACCACCCUCACCUUCCAGCUAGACGAGAGGGACAUCGAGUCCGACCUUCGAGCCAUCACGAGGCACUCGCCGCCGCCCAGGCAUCACGCGCCCGCACACAACUCCACGUCCACACAGCCGAGGAAGCAUCGGAAUUCGAACAGCUGUGAAUCCCCAGUCCGAGAGAGCGCAGAGACAACAGAAACACGCGUGGAAGACGGCAAGCUCCUGUACGAGCGGCGCUGGUUCCACCGCGGGCAGAGCGUGUUCGUGGAGGGCCGCGAGCUGCCCUGCUUCCCCGGACACAUCCACGCCAUCACCGACGAGGCGAUAUGGGUGAAGCGGCCAAACAUGGAGCGCUUUCGGAUAUACAUAUCGCAGUUAGCGCGCGGCAAAGUGACGAUAAAGCGCCGCGCCUCAUAGACUCGGGCGCAGUGUGUGUGACGUGUACGUAGAAACGCUAGCGAGCGGGCAAUGACGCGGCGGUAUCGAGGCAUCGGUUCUCAAACUUGUAGUCCCAACCCCCAACGAGCAAGGUAAAUUUUUGCUUUUGUAGUUAGAUGUUGGACUGUAUUAAAUUACUAAGUAGAAUGACACACGUUAUGACCUAUCAUGAUUUAUGAUAUAAUGUGUUACAAAUCACAAUAUUGGUGAAACUAGAUGGGCUAGAAUGCGCGCCGUGACGAAAUCUUAUCCAUAAUUUUAGACGCCAAAUGUAUGAGCUUAUUGCGUAAAAUCGAUAAAUUAGCGGGAUAAACGUAUAUCAUGGCACCAUAGGCCUACUGUGUCAUCGGUAUUUGACGCACAAGUAAGAAUGUGAUUGCAAACCUUUAAUCAGUAGUAUUUCGAAUAAUUGGGCUAUAAUUUUACAUAAUUAAUAAUUAUUUACCCUACAUGGGGGUUGCUACUAGUCGAGAAGUGAUGUCUUAAAUACACAGGAUCUCAAAGAUCUGUGUGCCGAACGUACCAUCCUGUAUACCACAGGCGACUUACUGUAUCCCAAGGAUACAAUGCAAUAUGUAUGUGUCUUCGGAGCUUAUUGAAGUGAUGUAUGAAGUGUGCGUACGUAGGUUUAUUUAUAAAGUAACCGAGAUCUUUGCCACGGUGUUUUCACCUGGAUUUUAUUUGACCACGAUAAUGACAGCUUUAAUGCGUUAUUGCUAAGUCUAAAGGCACUUAUUAGAAAUGUAACUCCACCCAUUUAUUCAAGUUAUUGUCAUAAACGAUAAUAUUGGUUAACAGCUUCAAUAUUUAUUGGUUAACAAAAUGAAGUUUUGAAGUAUUGGAUUGAUGAUUUUCUGCACUAUGGCGUUCUCGCUUAAAGUCAAUGGAAGGUUAAUGUUGAACAGUCGACCUUUUGAGCAGCUGAAAAAGGUACAUUUAUUUUUCCAUGAAGUGUCAUUUUAGUCAGAAUCGGUGACGCAAGCUCAGCACUCUUAUUGUCGUGGUCAAAUGUGUUUUGUUCAAUCAAGUUUGACUAGGCUCUUUUUGUUUUGAUGAUUUACAAAAUAUAUUCGUGAAAUUGUGAUUAUACAUUGAUGGCUAAUUCUUUAGUAGUCUGAAGUUUUAUCACUAUUGCGAUUUUUAAAGAGAUUUAUUUUCUAAUAAAUAAAUUGUUACUUCUGUAGAGUAUGUAGUACCUAAUAUUUUUUUAUUACACUUUCUUGACAAAUUAUUUUAAUGCAUUUGUGGUUGACGUAAUUUUUGUCAUGAAUUAAUUGUUCAAUUACACUUCCAGUUUAUUGUUAUCAUGAAUUAUUCUUGAUGAAAUAAAUAAGUAAUGGAUCGCGAAAGUUUACAUCUUAUAAAUAAGUCGCUGAAAUUUUGAAACCAGGCGUCUUCGGUCUUUUGAAGCGUAUAUCCAACCUCCUUUUUAUUUUAAGUUUUACUCUUUGAAGUAGUGUGAAGUUCACGACUUCAUGGUAUGAACCAAGGUCUCAAUUUCCAUUAAACGAAGACGGUAUCCAAACAAAAUUUUGUUUCAUUAUGAAGAAAAGCUGAGAGUUGGGGUGCUUUGAAAAAGUUUGACAAGCAAUGGCUGAUUCUCACGUGGGCACAAAUAUUAUUAUGCUCUCUAUUGGAUGUUGGAUAUUUGACAGAACGAUGCACAUUCCGUUAUUUAUGCAUUUUAUGAAAGUUGAAGCUCAGCUAAAUCAGGAUCUAGGAAAAGCAAGACUGAAAAGCGAAACAAAACACAAAAAUGCUUGUUCAUAUAGAGACUCUUAUACUAUUGCACAGGUUUAAAAAUGAUUAAAUCACACCAUGAUAAAAAAAUAUACCGAAAUUAAUUAUCUAGUGAUAGAUAUGGAAAUAAUUCUUGUAACACAUAAAUUCUAUUGUAUAUCAACAUUCCUAGAAGAGUUGUAAAUUCUAAACCCUCAUGCACAUUUUCAUAUGAUGAUCCUAUUACUACGUACUGUUUUGUGUGGUUCUCAUUGUACAAGAUGUCGCUGCACACUGUAAAAUAAAAACAAUUGAAAUGUGAAUGAAUCUUUAGAAUGUUGCAUUAAUAUAUUGAAAAUUAUAUGUUGUUCCUACUUAAUUUAUAACUAUAGUCUUACAAUCGAAUGAAAUCAAAUAAAAGAGCCAAGUCUAUCGACGAAAUUGAACAUUCGUGACGAUACAGUAUUUUUAAAUGUAAAUAUGUAACAUACUGAUCAAAUGUUCUGUAUGUAGCAAAUGAAUGAGUUGGCGACUUGUUUCAUAGUAUAUUUUAUAAUUGUGAUUAUACUGUGGUGUAAAUGUGUUGUGACAACUGUACAUAUGAAUAUGUGGAUUGUUUUUACAUAUAGAUGAUAUUGAGAAAAGAUCUUUUAAUUACAAUAUAAUGGAUUAUGACGA